AGAUGCUAAUCAGACAGGUGUUGGGUCUGCGGAAAUGUUUCGUAGUAACGGUUCUGUGGCGGUGUGCGUGAGUCAUCUCGUCCAUUGAGCGGCGGCGGCAACGGCGAUCCAUUGAGCGCCUCAUUACCGCUCCGCCGGCCGGCCCAGCGCACACGCAUCUCGCGCCGCUCGCCGUCUCCGACGCACUGCCUACGAUGUUCGCUCCUAACGCUCGAUGCAACAUGGAGAACUUCUCCAAAUCUCACAUUUGGCUCGCCGCCGCGGCACUGCUUGCGGCCUGCGGAGGGUGCACCGGCGCGGGCGUCGGCGGCAGGAGGCCGUUCACUCCCACCGACUCUAUCCUUGACAUUAUAGACACCGAGCAGGUUGAGAGGAUCCUCGCGGCGCGCCGUCGUGCCGAGCAGGCCACCGCCACCUCGCCUUCAUAUGUUCAGAGAAACGAGCUAGGGGAAGGCACUUCUGACACUAUGAUCGUUUCGAUGCCAGAUCAAGAGGACAGUACGGAAUUGCCCCCGGGAGUUGAAUUCCGUAAAAUACUAAAAUCUUCAAGAAAUGCCCUCGUUGUUACAAAGAAAGAAUACUUGAAGCAGGAUUGGUGUAAAACGGAGCCUUUGGUGCAGAAAAUUAGAGAAAACGGCUGUUUACCGGCGACCGUCAUUAACAACUUUUGUUAUGGACAGUGCAACUCAUUUUACAUUCCAAAAGGACCGCGCCGCCGAGACGGAAGCGACGACCGACCGGCGCCUGCCUUCAAGUCCUGUUCGUUCUGCAAGCCUAAGAAGUUUACUUGGAUCACGGUCACACUUAAGUGUCCGGGGCAGAGGUCGCUUUACAAGCGUAAGCGGCUGCAGAAAAUAAAACAGUGCAAGUGUUUACCGGUAGGAGUUGUGAAUUGAUCAUGAACUUGUGCAGAACCCUCAGCCGAGGCGGUGCAACCGUCAGAGCGGCGCCGCCGCGCCGCGCCCCCGGCCGCGGGAGCGACGAACGGGGUGUAACUCCGAGGAAAGCGAAUUCAGCUAUCACGAGGUUUUGUACAAAACGAAUUGUUACCGAUUGUUUUGAUAAGUAUUACUUGUGCAUUUCAAUUGUAACUCGGAGAAAACUGGUUAAAUAGUUCUAUCGCGUGCUCUCAUACGUCAAUAGGCAUGACGUCAUGUGACGCAUUUAUAUGGAAUAAUAUAGUGUAGUUUGUUAUAGCGGCUUCGAUUGCAAGUCGUGAGCGAGAGCUUUAAAUUAUUAGCGAGGACGAUUUAAUGGUACCGUAGUGUAGGUAGUGCAACUCCAGACUCUAGCACAGUUUCAAAUGUAUAUCUGAAUGGGAAUUCGGUAGGUACUCAGAAAACGGAAGAAAUUAUCAUAUAUAAAUCAUUAAAGUAUGAAAUAAUUAGGAAUUGAAAAGUGUGAUAUUAGUCAUAGCGUUUUGAUAUUUUACCCAGUGCACUGCGUUUAAUGCCUAUGUACAAUUUGUCGGCGUAGAAUUAUUUAUUUAUUAAAGUAGAUUUAAGUAGAUACAUACUAAUAUUGUUGCUGAAACGUAAUACGCUUAUAAUAGAUAUACAUAAUUGAUAAAUAAAUCGGCAACAAACUUAACAUAAUUUUGCGUUAACGAAGAAUAUUUUAAAUCUCUGUAUGCUCUCGAAAUUUAUUUAUAUAACAGGAAAAGAUUAUAAAUAUAAAACAUGGAGCAGUUAGUCAUAACAGUGAUCGUCUUGAUUCAAUCAAUGUCAUAAAAUUUUAAUACAUGUCAUAACCGCAAGCUAAUUGUGAAUAUUGUGAUUGCGUAGGUAAUGUGAUUUGUGUCUUGUUUGUAUUGAGUUUGAUUUAAAGCCUAAUUGUUUCAACACAUUGACGCCAAACUGACAUUUCAAGCCAAUGUAUGUUUUGAAUAGAAUAUUAUUUUGAGUUUUAAGUUCUAAUCUUGCCAUUCUACUACCAGUAUUAUGCGCAUUUCUAAAAAAAGUUUAUCUCAAAUUAUUUUGGAUGACAAAAUUACAACUUUAUUUUAUUAAAUAAUUAUCAAUACUGUUGACAAGUAUUUGUUGCUAAUGAUAAACAUUCAACCACAGUUUUGUUAGUAAUUUAAAAAAAAGGUAACAUAAAUGGGAAAAUAAUGGUUAAAACCAUAAACAUUUUGAGAAAUGUUUAAAUAAUGCGAAAGUGUUUAAGUAGCUAAGUGUUUCGAUUUUGAUGAAAUUUGGAAGGUUCCUUCAUCCAUUUUUGUUCCUGGAGUUAGUUUAGAUGCUUUGUUAGCGGGUACUGCUAGCACUUACCUAAUGGCAUAAACCUAACUAUUGUAGUCUGUAUCUCUGUACGCUUUUGGCAAUAAAAAUGUAUUAGAGAAUUUUUAUAUUGUGUGUCAGUAAAAAUGUGGACCAUGGAACUGCAGCAUAUGUUCCAAAAAUUAAACACAACAUGUAUUUUUGGCAAACCCAAAAAGUUGAUCUGUUGAUAUUGUCUCAAUAAAAUGUUGUCACUCCUG